AUGGGCUUACAAAGUGAUUGCCUACAAUCAUGGAUUACUUUAGAUAUUGGAAAAUCUGGGUCAGUACUACGAUCUUUUCUAAAGAAGCGAAAAGAAGAUCAAAUUGAUUUUGGAAUCAUAAUAAACUAUAUGAAAUUUGGAGCUAAGAAAUCUGAAAGUAAAAAUGUAUGUAUUAAGAAUAAGGCUCGGGACCGGCAAGGUGGCACUAGAGCACCAUGCUCUUCUGUUCCGUUUUUCAAGUCUCUUGUGGGCAAGGACAUGGUGAUGGAACUGAAGAAUGAACUGAGCAUCUGUGGAACUCUCCAUUCUAUAGACCAGUAUCUCAACAUCAAACUAACUGACAUCAGUGUCACAGAUCUUGAGAAAUACCCCCACAUGUUAUUGGUGAAGAACUGCUUUAUCCAGGGCUUGGUGGUCCGGUAUGUGCCAUUGCCAGCGGAUGAGGUUGACACACAGUUGCUACAAGAUGCAGCAAAGGAGGUGCUGCAGCAGAAACAGUGA